AUGUCCUCGACCACCAUUACUUCAUCUCCUAUUUCCUCUCCACAACAACAACAACAACAACGAGCGUCAAGUACUCCUCCUUCCAUUUCCUCUCCAUACACAAGUCCGAGUCAACAAUCAUCAUCUCCUCGUUUAUUAAAUAAUUCCUCUCCAUCUUCAUCCAAUAAUUCUAAUAAUAAUUUCAAUAAUAACAAUUCUACUACUGGCCAUUCGAAUCAUUCACAAACAUCCGAAUUAACAUCACCAACGACACCCCGACAGUUUUUAUCUGAUUUUAAUGACAUUGACAUUCCAAAGGUGGCUCAAUUUUUUGAAAAUGAUUCAUUGAGUGUGUUGGAAGAAGAUACUUGGAAGGAAAUGUUAUUGUGUUGUUUUGUACCAUCUUCGCAACAAUUGACUUUUAAACGAAAAAAGUAUUCAUUUGGAAAGAAGAGUCAAUUAUUGGGAGGAAAUUCUUCUCAUCCAUUGACGAUGAACGAGACACAAAAUGAUGUCAUAAAAGUCAUGAAAGGAUUAGAUAACACGUCGAAAGGAACAGCAUUGAUGGAUUUGAGCGGAUUGCAUCAUAUUUCUAGCAAGUCGCUUUUCAGAUUGAAACAAUUAUUGUAUUAUAGAUUUUUCUUCUAUUCGAUUCAAAACUAUGCAUUGGGAAAUGUCACACCAACCGAACAAUCCAAUGCUUCAGGUACUCCUCACCAUCAUCAUCAAACCUCUUCGAGCUCUUCCUCUCAAUUUCUAAGUCCAAAUUCAUUAUCUACAAAUACUAGAAACUCAAUUCGAUUGGCUCGUAGUAGUACUCGAUUCGGAGAAGGUGGAAUUUCACAUGCUCUCGGAAGCGAAGCCACUCAUUUGGAAAUGUCAAAAAAAGAAUUUUCAGCCAUGAAAGAAGAACAACUCGAUGCAUGGAAACAAUUUAAAUUUACAAC